UUAAAAUCGAUAAUGGCGAGUCCUGCCUUUAUCCUGCGGGAACAUUAUCCUGCGCACAGUUGCAGUUGCAGUUGAGAGCGUGAAGCAUUAGGUUGACCAUGGAAUUGGCACGGAAAAUAAUACUCUGGAUUAUUCCUUUAUUUGUGCUCGCAUUUCUGCUCACCAUGAGUGAAGCGUAUCUAAGUAGAGUGCGUGUUGAGGAGACGCCAUUUCAAAGGAUUCCACCGAGGGCAGCCAGUCUCUUGGUCAGAAAGCAAGGCAACCCAAAGCGAUCUAGUGGCAUUCAUUUAAUCUCCAGCCUGAAGCAUCAACGCACAUUUUUACACAUUUUCCAUGUGCCUUAUAUCAUUUGCUUUUAUGCCGCCAAGGGCAAAUGGCCUUAUGUGCCGGGAUUUAUGAAAACGCGUGUGAACAGCGCAGCCAGAAAUUUCUUUCAUCAAAAUGACAGUUUCAUUAAGCAAUUUUGCACCAAGUGGAUUCAAGUCAAGGAAUGCUUUAGACCACUCUUCGAUAAAUCAAAUGACACCACGGUUGAGGUGGAAACUUUGGAUGCUCAGAAGCAAAUUCAGCGCUGCGACUGUGACAAGUUGGUCUCCACGGAAGCCCCAGUGCCCGUUGUCUACUUUGACAAGAACUACAUUGGCAAUGUUAGCUCGGACACCAUUUUGAGCACCAUCGAGUUUCUCGAGAGUUUUCUGCCGCCGCCCACCAAAAAGCACAAACGCAAGAAUCGAGUUCGUGGAAGAUUGGAUGAAAUAGAUAUUGAUUAGAAUGUAAAGCAUGUCGAACAUUUAAC